AUGGACGGCGGUGACCGUCGGCGUUCGCAAUAUGGACAGCCAUACCAGACGCCGGCGCAGUCGCGGUCUCUGCCAGGACAGUCGGCUGGGGCGCCCACCAGUGACAGGUAUUCGCAACCGUCGACACCAGCGAGGAGCGAUAUUGGCAGGUCUCCGAUAACGCGACCCUAUCUCCCUGGAUAUCCCGGUUAUGGGUAUGCGGAGCAGCAGUACGGCAGCUCGCAGAUGCAGGGCAGUAGUCCGAUGCAAGGGAUCGAAAUGCAGUAUUCACCAGCCUAUCUUCAAGACCCCUCCAGACAGCAACCAGUGCAAGCAUCACCCUCACAACAGCAACAGUCGCAAUAUGCCCAAUAUACGCCAGGGGCGAUGCUUCCCCCGGCUGCGCCUCAAUCUCUCUACGACAGUAUCCCGUUUCAACAGCGGCAGACCGCGAUUGAGGUGAUGGCGAGUCAAUUUGCGGUUCCACAAUAUAUGCCUUCCAGCGAACAGACUGGUUCCUCACACUAUUUGACAUCGCAAGCAGAAGCGAGCGGUUAUACACCGGUGGCCGUGACCCGGCCUUCGUUGCCACAAACCUACGGCACCGGGGCGGUAGACUUCUCCGGAUUGGAACAACAACAACAACAACAACAACAAGAUGCCGCAGAAGCGAGCGGUCAGGCUGUCACUCAGACGGCUCUUGACGAGAGUCUUAGGGAGUAUCAGCAGCAGCUCAGGUCCAUCUAUGAUGCCAUCAUCGCAGGGAGGGUUACGGAAGCCAGCGAGAAACUGUUGGCGGUAUCUCGCUGGCUAGUCAGCUCUGUCACUACCCUAGGACUACAUCACGAUGACGAGGCCAGGCAUGCAGAGCGACUUGAAGUUUGGAGGGAGUUCAAUCUCGCAUGGGAGGCGCUUGGGCAGAAGCAGAAGGAUAUCACCGAAGAAGCGCUGAGGACAGCCCGGUCACCCAGCGAUAUCCUUUCAGUCGACAUCAUCACCAGCCUGAUGGAUGAUUUGGUUGGAAUGUGUGAUCAACUUGAGCAAUAUGGUCUUGUCGACUACGAAAUGGGCAUCUGGGAAGAACAGAUCACACACAUCUUUACUGUGUGCCUUGAUCUUCUGUCCCGCAAUGAGACACCGACUCAAAUGGGCCUGGCUCAAGCUGGACCAAGCUGA